CGUCAUGUGAACACACCUCCCAUUGUGAUUGGCUAACGGAUUUUCCUUUAGCUGCGUAGCUGAAGGAGAAGCGUUUCAUUAGCAGCAGCUGUCAGUCAGACAUGGCAACCAGUGGGCUUCUCACCAUGCGCGCUCAGGUCUGCAAACGCCUGGCUCACAAGAAUCUCUCAAGAACCUACACAUCUCGCCCCUCUCUCAAUGAAGUCGUCAUUGUUAGCGCAGUCCGCACUCCAGUGGGCUCCUUCAAAGGCAGCCUCGCAUCAGUACCAGCCACUAAACUGGGCUCAGUCGCCAUCAAAGGAGCCAUCGAUAAAGCAGGGAUUGCUCCUGAAGAAGUAAAAGAGGUCUACAUGGGUAAUGUGCUUCAAGCAGGAGAAGGACAGGCCCCCACGAGACAAGCCUUGCUUGGUGCAGGCUUACUCCUGAGCACUCCAGCAACAACCAUUAACAAAGUUUGUGCCUCUGGAAUGAAGUCCAUCAUGUUGGCAGCCCAGAGUCUCAUGUGUGGACACCAGGAUGUGAUGGUGGCAGGAGGUAUGGAGAGUAUGUCCAAUGUACCUUAUGUAAUGGCCAGAGAGACCCCAGCGUAUGGAGGAGUGAAGAUGGAAGAUCUAAUUGUCAAGGACGGACUCACUGAUGUCUACAACAAAUUCCACAUGGGAAACUGUGCAGAGAACACCGCCAAGAAGUACAAAAUCACCAGGGAGGAGCAGGACAGCUACGCGAUCAGUUCAUACAGCCGCAGUAAAGUGGCAUAUAUGUCUGGUGUGCUCGCCAAGGAGAUUAUACCAGUUAGCGUUCCCCAGAGAGGAAAAGCUGAUGUGGUCGUGUCUGAGGAUGAGGAGUGGAGGAGAGUAGAUUUUAGCAAAGUUUCCAAACUGAGGGCAGUUUUCCAGAAAGAAAAUGGAACAGUGACAGCAGCCAAUGCCAGCACACUGAAUGAUGGCGCUGCUGCUCUUGUUUUAAUGACAGCAGAUUCUGCAAAGAGACUUAACGUCACUCCAUUGGCGAGGAUUGUCUCUUUUGCUGAUGCUGCAGUUGCUCCCAUCGACUUCCCCAUUGCUCCUGCUUAUGCUGUGCCUAAGGUGCUGGAUGCAGCAGGGCUAAAGAAGGAUGACAUCACCAUGUGGGAGAUCAAUGAAGCUUUCAGCGUGGUUGUUUUGGCCAACAUCAAAAUGUUGGACAUUGACCCAGCAAAGGUUAACAUCAACGGUGGAGCAGUGUCAUUAGGACAUCCAAUUGGCAUGUCGGGCGCGAGAAUUGUGGGUCACAUGGCCCACAACCUGAAGUCAGGUGAGUACGGGCUGGCGGGCAUCUGCAACGGAGGUGGAGGAGCUUCAGCUGUUCUGAUCCAGAAGCUGUAGGAUAACCUUUACUUCCAAAAGUGAAGACGUGGAAACUCCAUUUAACUGAACCAUUGAUCUGUUACAACUGCAGUGCACAGUGGCCUUCAUACAGUAAAGUUAAACCAUCAUGACUCCAAUGUUCAACACUCCAUUGACAAGAAGUUGAAGUAAAAAGAUUGAUUGAGAUUGAUUUAUGAAAUUAAAUAAUUGAAGAAAUAGUA